AUGGAAGGGGGCUGCUGCUGGGACUUGGUUAAGCGGAUACAGCCCAUUGCACUUCCUCUGGCCUUGUCCCUUGUAACGUGCGCUUUGGCAUAUAUCUAUAAUCAGCUUACUGUAGCCGGCCUGCUUCUAGCCAGUUGCUGGACCUACAGGAGCUCAGGGAGGCGGUUUAUUGUGUGGAAGUGGCUCACAGGCCCCAGACUAGUGGCAAGCACGAAAAAGCUGCGCAACAGCACUGACUGGAGGCUGCAGAGUCCACCGGUGUCGCUGCUGGAGGGAAGCCCGUCUCCCUUGUCUCUGAACAUGGGCACGUACAUGAACAAGCAAGAGCUUCCUGCUAGAGGAGAGGCCUGCGGGCCCAGAGCUAUCAAGGAGAAGCUGAGCCGACCCAAUCCCUCGGUGGCGACCCCUAUCAGGCGUCUGUCUUUCAGGGACCCACUUUCUUCGUCCAACCGAACCUAUUUGUGUGCUCGAAGGGAUUAUCCCCUUAAACAAGAAAUCUAUAGCAAGCCAGGAUCUCUGCCAAGGGUUUCUUUAGAUGGACAAUCGCAGCAGAGAGUGCCACUGACACCCAGGCACUUUACUAGAAGGACCCCUGUAAAAAUUUCCCCUCAGGAUCUGAAAACCAGAUUUCAGUUGGCUCCACAGCCAAAUGUGGUAUCAUCCCCUCAUCUUGACUUUGAGCAAGAACCAUGUUUGCCAUCCAUCUAUCAUCGCGUAGAACAUGAAACCAGUGUGACACAUUCUCGCCAUCUACUGGAACCAGAGCAAUAUCCAGCAUCCCCCUCUAGUCAUAAAGCAAACACUUUUGAGGCUACUUUCUCCAGUCAUCACGUUGAAGAUCCAUGUGCUACAGAGUCUGUUCUUAGAGCCCUCAAAGAAUGUUUAAAGAGAAAAAGAAUUCGAGAUGAGGACUCUGAAGAUACUGAAAACAAGAGACGGAAGGAAAAUGGGGAAGAAAGUAAGCUGCUUGUCAAUGAUUCCUUGUGCAGAACUUCUAAGAUGGAAGCCAGUCGGGCAAGUUGGAGAUCUGAAUCCAGUUCUAUGGAGAAUCUGUCCCAGCAGUCAUCCAUUUCCAUUCAGGACAUGUUGAAUGAAGUACAAAAUUCCAAAAACAGUGACGGCAAAGUCUCUCCCGCCUCCUCAUUCAAUUUGGAGAAUUUAUCAAAACGAAAGAUUAUCACGGUGCCUGGUCAUAAUGAAAUCACCAGCUCCUUGAGCUCCAGCAGAUAUCUGCAGAAAAAAAAGAGAUCAUUGGAAAUUCCCAGAUGUGACACGCCUGAAUGGCCAAUAAAGAAAAUGAGAAAAGACCGACUUGAAACAUCUAUGUCACCUUCUCAAGAGACCAUGAAAACUCAAAUGUCUGAAACCCAAAAAGUUGAGGUAAACCCUUCUCCGGUACAGCUGCAUAAGCCUAAAGGAAAUUUGCCAUGGAAGAGAAAUGUCCACCUAAUUUGUCCAGAACACCCCGAGGAGUUCUACAGAUUACCUCCUGGACCGAUACCAGGCUACAAUGUGACACAGGCUGAUUACGAUGCAGCAAAAGAAGCAGCACAGCAGAGGUUUCUUAGGCUUUUUCAGGAGCCAUCUGCACCUUCUGUUCCUUCGGCUUCUGAAUCCUGUAGCAAACAGGUAUCUCUAACAUUGCAGACCUCCACUUCUCCUGACAAAUCUUUUCAAGCUGUAAAUGAAAAACCAAACAUCUCUGCAGCAAACACUACCUUUACCCUUUUCUCAAGCUCAUCUGAUGCAAAAUCAGUUACCAGUUCCAGUUCAACACCCUCUCCUUUUACUAGUGCUACUACAUCUAUUACCAACACCCUGCUUCAGUCACUGGGAUCAGGCCAAACAAAAUCGGAAUCUCCGUUUCCAAAGAACAGCCUUUUACAGAUUCUUGGCAAGACAGAGGGAAAUAACAGCCAGCCUAUGUUUAACCCAGUAUUUGGACCUUUAGGGAGUGCAAAUCCUUCCCCUGUUACUGCAGCUCCUGGACUCUCAACAACCACAACUGCCAUACUCAAACCAAUAUGUGGUGAUCCUCCUAGCCAACAAGCUCAGACUUCUAUGUUUAAACCAAUAUUUGAGCCUCCCAGUAGCCAGACUGUUCCCUCUGCUUUAUCCUCUCCAUUUGUGUUCAGCAGCUCCAGCUCCACUACCUCCACAACAUCGUUUCUUGGUACAACAGGAAAUAGCGUGAAUACAGGCAAGCAUGAAAAACCAAACUUGGCCCUAACAACCUGCGCCAGUAACACCACCAUUACUUCCAGUUUAGCACCCACAUUUGGAAUUACUUCAAAGGUUGAGCCUGUUUCUCUUGGCGGCCCUGCUUCACAGGCAAAUACAUCUUUCAGUGUUAUUGGCAGUACAUCUGUACCCGCUAUAUCGACAGCAUUUGGAUCCACCACAUCUGCAUUUACUGCCGCAGGUCAGACUGCAAAUCCUUCUUUUUCUGCUAACACUGCUCCAAUUGGUGUAUCCAGUGUCUCUGCAAGUGAAGGACAGACUAGCAUAUCCACAACUGCCACCUUCUCAAAAUUUGGAGUACCUGUGGGACAGAAUGUGUUUUCUGCUAGUAACCCCUUUGGAAGUGGUACCCAAUCUACAAUGGGCACCAGUACACAAUCUGCAACAAACAUCGCCUUCAGUUUUGGCACUUCAACAUCCACUCAGUCUGCAUUUGGUUUUUCACAGAACCCUACCAUGCUUUUCAGCAGCAGCACAAAAAGCAAUAACCCUACAAACACAAGUGGUUUCAAUUCUAUGGGAUCUGUAUUUGGGAGCUCAACUGUCCCAACUUCUAGUAUUGUUACUCCAAACAAGAGCUUGUCAACCUUGGGAAUUCCAGAAAAAUGUGAAACUAAAAAUCAGUUAGUAACAAACCAGCUUUCGUUGGGUCAGGGCUCCACUCCAGCGCCAUUUCCAUCUAUAAUGCCCACACAAAGCUUUGUAAGCUCAAGUACUUCGUUUGCACCAAGUACACCAACAGUAAAUCAGAGUUCCACUCCAGGCUCAUUUCCAUCUAUGGCAGCAGUGCAACCAUUCACAAGCCCCAGCAGUCCUGCUGCUGGCUUUUUUUCCCAUGGAACUGCACCUAAAAGUAGAACAGCAGUUCGACAUAAACUGCAUCCGCGUCGUCCACAUCCACGUAAGAAGUAA